UGUCAUCCUGCAUGUGGCUGUCAUCCUGCAUGUAGCUGUCAUCCUGCAUGUAGCUGUCAUCCUGUAUGUCACUUAAUCAUGACUUUCUCUUUUCCAUUUUAAUCACUCAUUUCAUUUCAGUUUUACACUCAAACUUGACCAACACUCAUUUCAUUGUUUUUUGUUACAUCCUAUCACUGAUUGAUAUUCAUCUGGGCAUGUUGGAAUGUGCUAUUAACUUAAUUACUGUUAUCUACAUUUGUAAUAUGUCUGUCCAUUCAUGCACGCAUUCAUGCCUGCCCCGGUCCCUGCUCCUGCCCCACAGGGGCAGAGCGAAGAGGAGGAUUUGCCCCGGCAGUACUUCCUGCCUCCAAGGCCCUCAGAAAGUGCUGAGCUGCUGAUUCCAGAGAGUUGGCAUUCAUCUCUCACCAAGUAGCAGCAGUGGUGGAUCGGCCGCACGCUGUUCACCAGGAAUCCCCGACCCCUUCUUCGCAUGUCAGCUGUUCCUUUGGAUGCCCGUACCUAUAUGGGCAUACAAGCUGGCACGCCCCCAGUCUGCAAGACUCUGCAAGACCACCCGGAGGGUCUUGGACAUCGACCUCUUGUAUCUCAUGGCCACUGAGUGCCUGGAAUGCGGUCGAUGUAAGAAGGUGGCGGGGUGGUCACGGGACCUUGUCAGUCAGCUGGACGCUCGGCAUCUCUGCCAGUUUCCAGCAAAAUUGACAUACAAGUAACUUCACAAGAUUUAGUUAGUUAGUAAUAAAGUAAAAUAAAAGCGUGUCAUUCAUAUGCUUUAUCUCUCUCUCUCUGGGCUGUCCUGUGACCUGCGGGUUGUGAGGAUGCUGAGGUCGCGCACUUUGGGGAACAGUGCGUCACAGACCUACAGCAAGCUGUGUGAAAGUCACAGCGAGUCCUGGAUGCGGAGUGGAAUACAGUACCUCGGGGAGUGCGAGCAGUUUCUGGCCUUGGGCACUGGGCGGCAGUUCACUGAUCUACCGGAGAUGCCCCCGGUGCCCUCACCCGUCUACAGCCAUGACGUGCUGUCGCGGCUGGACGAGGUGAAGGCCAGGGUCACCUCCAUCUUUGGGUCCAUCUUAAAGAUGGACUCUACCAAGAAGGUGACCAAAAAGCUCGCGGGUACCGCUGCAGACACGGCCGCCUGGGUUACCAACGUCGGCAACGAGCAUGGACUGGUCCUCAUCAGUGUCCUCACUGCCGCUGAGGGCGAGGGCCUGCUCCCCAUGGCGGCUGGUCUCAUGGAGCGGUACCGGCUCGCCGGGGUGGCGCCCCCCCAGCUCAUGUACGUGGACCGAGACUGCUGCUCCAGCUUCGGCGGAUCAAAGACAGCUGCCAUGUACAAUGAGUGGGACCAGCUGGUGGUUCGGCUGGACAUCUGGCACCUGAUGCGGCGGUUCGCGGCAGGUGUCACCACUGAGAGCCACCAGCUCUACGGUCCCUUCAUGCGGCAGCUGUCAGCCUGCAUCUUUGAGUGGGAUGCAGGCGAUGUCCGCCGACUGCUGGAGGCCAAGAGGUCUGCGCUGGAGGGGAAGCACGGGAUGGUCGGCCUCACCGAGGCGGAGGUUUCGAGGCUGAUCGGCAGGAAGGAGAUUGCACUUCACUGUCGGCGUCGUACGUGUGGAGCUGCGGCGACCGAAGUCCUUCUCCUUGACCUCCUCGAGACCUUCAACAGCGAGAAGGGGGUCGACACCCUGGGCAUCCCGUUGCUGGACUCCAUCCACAUCCAGGCAAUCUGGCAAGAGCAGAGGCGCCACCUCCACUGCAUACAAGACCCACCCGGUGUACAGCUGUACACCGAGACCGGCAAAAUCACGCCACGCCUUGGUUUAUCUCUGCGCACGGGGCUCCACAUCCUUGGAGUCAUUCCACCUCAACCGGUACCAGGGCAAAUGCAAUGCAUUUCCAGGCAUUCCUACUGGAUGGACCGAUGAGGUGGAACGAGGACCGUGCGCAGGCAGCAGUGGAGGGAAAGAACAGGCAGCCCCUGCUCUCCUACAGUGGCCACCUGCAGCACAUCCUUAACCUUAGCAGCCAAAGGGUGCUUGGCAAGGAACAGGGUAAGGACUACUCCAAGCCUAGCGAGUACACGGGGUAACUCCUCGGAGUGGAGUACCUGUACUCGCAGACUGGCAGAGUGCUGCAGGAUGUCAGCGUGGACCCUGGCCUUCCGGAAGAGGCAGCCGCCGUCGCCCAGCUCGACGAGGAGGACGAGGGCUUUCAGGAGGAUGUGGACCCGACAAUCCACAUCCCUCAUGUCACUCAUAUGAGCGCCCCGUCCUCCAGCUCAGCGGCACCUCUGUCAGGGGAACCCGCUGACGCAUCCAGGUCUGGGCCAUCCAGUCCCACCGCCCCUGAAGACGGAAGCUCUCCUGAGGCCCCUGAUCGACACGGUUCUCCUCACCCUGACAACUCCUCUGAUUGAGGGGGAGACGCAAGGCCCUAAUGCAAUGCCUGGCUACCAGCAUGUCCGCAGGCUUGCCAGGGCCUUGGUGGGGGUGAGGAACCGUCAGGGGCUGUCGGACCGCAGGGUAGACGGUCUGGUGGCGCUGUGGCUGGCGCUUGAUCUACCCUGCCCGACACCAGGAGAGGAUCGUUCAGGGGCGGUUCAAGGCAACGAAGGGGAAGUCGUCCAUUGUCAUAGGAAAAGACUCUCUCUAAUGUUGCCUUCUUGGACUCAACUUGGGCCCUGCAAAUUGGCCGGGCACCAGCCGUUUGGUGGAGGCCAUUUGCAGUCAGCUCUGCCAAAUCCAUCCCAGCGCCAUCAGCCUACUUUAUGAUACAGAAUGCAGGGAUGUGUAGUGAACCUGUACCCAUAAUAAAACAAAGUGCUCUAUGGUCAAAUGCAUCUAAAGGCUUUAAUGAAGUGGCAUCUGCAUUCAUAUAGAUGAUUUUGCAAUAGUCUAGGACCAGUAAGAACAUAGAUUGAACUAUCUGCUUUGUAUUAUUAAGCAAGAGGCCUGACCUAUUUCUAUAGAAGAAGACCCUUUUUAUAUUCAGCAUCUUAAUUAACUCAUCAUGUUUUUAAAAAAGACAACUUAACGUAUUUACUGAUACACCACCGUACUAGGGACGUACACUUCAAUCAUUAGAAUCAUUUUUGUGUCCUCUAGAAAACAACAUACUUAGUUUUCCAUGUAUUCAAUAAUAAUUUAAGGUCAAAGGUUUUCUGCAAAAUAAUGAAAGCAUAAUAUAGUUCAGAUAGAGCAUGAUCAGCAGGGCGGGCGAUAGAGUACUCAACCGUAUCGUCUGCAUACAGGUGCAGGUAAAACAUUAUUAUUAUAUAUUUCUGACAAAACAAUAUUAUUCAUGUAUAAAAUAGUUGUUUAUUAGACAUUCUAACAUAACACAAUAUCUAGAUACUAAAACAUGUAUAUGCAACAUUUGAACAACAAUUUCGACCCCCUCGGGUUAUAAAGUAUAUGACAUGACGACACAUUGGCUAUUUUAGUAUUCCUUUUUUUAUUUACAUGUUUAUAAUUCGAAAGUAUAUUUUUAGAGUGGAGGGAAAUAUUUUUAUGUUAAACUGCAGAGAACAAGAAGCUUUGGUAAAUCAAAGAGUCACUGAUGUUUUAUAUACAGUACCACACAUAUCCAGAAGGCUCGUUCUGACAAUAAACAAGAAGUUUUAAUGUUUCAAACGAGGAUGUCAAGACAGGUCCGUACUGUAGUACUACGCUAUUACACUGUUAUGUACUACUAAUGUUCUAGUAUCUAGGAUGUUACGGAAUAUCUAUAGGGGGGAACAUGUACAAGUUAUAACACAUUCCCCACAGCAUCGAAGGAUGCUGACACUGACAUUGUAUUAUGUGAAAGUAGCAUAAGUAUGUGUAAAGAGUUUACAAUUUUGUUUAAAAGUUCAGAAUAUGUCUCUAGGGA